AUGUCAAAUCCAAGCUAUCCGGAAAUUGCGCAACGCAAACAAGCCCAGCUCAAUUCUCGGAUUCCCGCAGAAUGGAAACUGCCGGCGUCGGCAAUCCCUCCCGGGAUGCUAUCCAUCCCAGACUCCCUCACCAAUGUAAAGGAGUAUCAACGGGUGAAUGUGAUGGCCAUUCCGCGAACCUGUGGCCUUCUCACGGAAAAAGAGCUGGCGAUCACCGAAAAUUAUGAUAUCCGAGCCCUCCUGGACAAAAUCGCGGGGAAGAGGCUCUCGAGUGAAGAGGUCGUCAGGGCAUUCAGUAAGAGAGCGGCCAUUGCCCAUCAACUUACCCGCUGCUUGACCGAGCCACUCUUCGAGCGCGCUCUAUAUCAAGCCAAAGAACUAGACCUGCAUCUUCAACGGUCUGGAAAACCAAUCGGUCCGCUCCACGGACUGCCCGUCUCCAUUAAGGACACCUUCCAUGUCAAAGAUGUGGACUCGACCAUGGGCCUUGCCGCUCUUGCCUUCCAGCCGGCCACGGAGGACUCCCCACUGGUCAAGCUGCUCGAGUCCUUGGGAGCCGUGAUCAUUGCCAAGACCAACGUUCCCCAGACAGUGGGCACGUUGGACAGCUGCAACCAUCUUUUCGGUCGCACGUUGAACCCGCUGAAUCGCCAGCUCACAGCUGGAGGAAGUUCCGGUGGAGAAGGGGCCCUAGUAGCCUUACGGGGAACCAUGGUCGGAUUCGGCACGGACAUCGGAGGUAGUAUCCGUGUGCCUGCCAUGUGUAAUGGUAUUUAUGGGUUCAAGCCCAGUGUAGGUCGUGUCCCGUACCGUGGACAGGAAGCCGGCCAUGUGCCGGCCAAAAUGCGCAUUUCCCUACAGGCGGUAGCGGGCCCCCUGGCGCGGUCGGUGGCAGACCUCGGUGCAAUCAUGGGGGAGGUGGUACCGCGGGCAGAGCUGUUCGGGGAGGACUGUAUCCCCGGUCAGUGGCAGGGCGAGUUUCCCUCGCUGCAGCUACCAGAGACUCAGGCUCGCAACGUGACCAUUGGAGUCCUGCGGUCGGACGGCAUCGUCGAACCCCUGCCUCCUAUUGCCAAAGUCCUGGACGAAGUAGCCCGGACGUUGAGACGCACUCCCGGCGUCAAGGUGGUGGAGAUCCCGGUGCCACCGGCUCUCGCCAAGUGCCAGGGCCUCGCGGGGCGGUUGAUGGGUGUUGACGGAGGCAAUAGCAUGAUGGAUCUUCUCGAAAGUACCGGUGAACCGCUGAUUCCAUGGCUCCAGGGACGGACCAAGCGCGGGAAAGAACUGACGCUGACACAGCUGGGUCAGCUGCAGGCGCAGCGGUCUGUCGUUGAACGGGAGUUGCUGAAGAUGUGGACGCUGGAUGGUGUAACAGGACGGCGUAUUGAUGCGAUCAUCCAUCCUGUGGCACCGCAUCCAGUGCCGGAAAUCGACCGCUAUAACGCUGUCGGGUAUACAUCCAGCUUUAACUUGUUAGAUUACCCGGCGGGAGCCAUCCCGGUGCGUCCGUUCAACGAGUCGGAUCUAGAGACUGGAAAGGAGAUGACCGCGCCUGUGAUCGGGAGCUGGGACAAGGCAAAUCGGAUGCUGUGGAACGAGAAUACCGUCGAUCGUCGAGUAUAUCUAGACUCACCACUAAGUAUCCAAGUUAUCACUCCCAAGCUGCAUGACUACGACCUCUUCCGUGCCAUGGAAAUUAUUGACCGGGCCGUCAGGGCGGAUAACCCCAGUGCCAAACUGUAG